CAAUACAGGCAGCUAGCAUCUUGGCUCCUGCGCUUCCCACUGCACCCCGAAGUCUUUAGGUGUAGAGAUCGAUGGUGGCCGCGACCAUGACGGUGGAGGAGGUGAGGAAGGCGCAGCGGGCGGAGGGACCGGCGACGGUGCUCGCAAUCGGAACGGCGACGCCAGCCAACUGCGUGUACCAGGCAGACUACCCGGACUACUACUUCAGGAUCACCAAGAGCGAGCACCUCGCCAACCUCAAGGAAAAGUUCAAGAGGAUGUGUGAAAAGUCCCAGAUCAGGAAGAGGCACAUGCAUGUAACGGAGGAGAUCCUCCAGGAGAACCCUGGCAUGUGCGCCUACAUGGCGCCGUCUCUGGACGCGCGUCAGGACAUCGUCCUCGCGGAGGUCCCCAAGCUCGGCAAGGCGGCAGCACACAAGGCGAUUAAGGAGUGGGGCCAGCCGCUGUCCAAGAUCACCCACCUCAUCUUCUGCACCACCUCCGGUGUGGACAUGCCGGGCGCCGACUACCAGCUCACCAGGAUGCUUGGCCUCCGGCCGUCCGUGAAACGCUUCAUGAUGUACCAGCAGGGCUGCUUCGCCGGCGGCACCGUGCUCCGCCUCGCCAAGGACCUCGCCGAGAACAACCGCGGCGCGCGUGUGCUUGUGGUCUGUUCCGAGAUCACCGCAGUGACCUUCCGCGGCCCGGACGAGUCCCACCUCGACUCGCUGGUCGGCCAGGCGCUCUUCGCUGACGGUGCAGCCGCGGUGAUCAUCGGCGCUGACCCCGACGAGUCUGUUGAGCGUCCUCUCUUCCAACUGGUGUCGGCGAGCCAGACCAUUCUGCCGGACUCGGAGGGCGCCAUCGAAGGACACCUCCGGGAGGCUGGCCUCACCUUCCAUCUCCUCAAGGACGUACCCGGACUCAUCUCCAAGAACAUCGAGCGCGUCCUCGAAGACGCCUUCAAACCACUGGGCAUCGAUGAUUGGAACUCUAUCUUUUGGGUGGCACACCCUGGCGGGCCAGCGAUCCUUGACAUGGUUGAGGCCAAGGCAAACCUCAACAAGGAGAGGAUGCGCGCCACUAGGCAUGUCCUCUCUGAAUACGGCAACAUGUCAAGCGCCUGCGUGCUCUUCAUCCUGGAUGAGAUGCGUAAACGUUCUGCUGAGGAUGGCCACACCACAACAGGUGAGGGAAUGGACUGGGGCGUCCUCUUCGGCUUUGGCCCCGGUCUCACCGUGGAGACCGUCGUCCUCCACAGCGUCUCCAUCAAUGCCCAUACAAUCGCAUGAUCGCUCCUUCCUUCCCCGAUUAACUUUUCCACGGAAUAAUAUACACCCUCCGUUCCUAAUUGAACUAUCAAAAGGCCGUAUAUUUAAGAACAGAGGGAGUAUUAGCAAUUAAAAAUAAGGCGCUAUAGCGUGUGGAAAAUUGUCUCAUUAAAUAAAUCAGUGUAUAAUGUCUCGCUAAUAGCACGCUAUAGCAUGCUAAUAGCAUAAUUUAAGAGGCUACGCUAUUUUGUAUAGCGCGCUAUAUUUUUCCUUGAGUAUUACUCCUGCUUGUUCUCAA